AUGCCACCCCGCAACCACGACCUCCCCUCCGAUGAAGACGACAACGACGCCCUCUUCGCCGCCCUCGAAAGAGAAGAAGAUAACCCCUCUUACAAAGCCCAGCGCAUCGAACAUCUGCAAUCAGAACUAGCGGCCCGCGCCCAACAGCAACAAGAACAACAUCAAAAGAACAGCAGCAACAGCAACGAACUCGACGAUAAUAAUAAUAUAAACGCCACAACUUUCCAAAACACCCUCGUCCCCACACUCCCAUCCGACCAAUCCCUCCUCGACUUCACAACCCGCCACCCCCACUGCGUCAUCCACUUCUCCCACCCGGACUUCGCGCGCUGCGCUGUGAUGGACAGACACAUCCACGCCCUCGCAGGCCUCCAUCACGAGACCCGCUUCGCAACCGUGGAUGUUCGCAGGAUACCAUUCGUCGUGGAGAAGCUAAAGGUGAAAGUGCUGCCGUGCGUGAUUGGGUUUGUGGACGGGGUGGGCGUGGAGAGGAUUGUGGGGUUUGAGGGGCUGGGAUAUAUUCAUGUGGAUCCAUUCCGAAAGACAUAUAUCAAGGAUAUUCGAAUGGAUGCCAUUUGGUAA